AUGAAAUCUUUAAAAUUAUAAUUUAGUUAACUCAAAAAUUCUUUUUUUUGUAGUUAAAAAUAGAAUCGCCAUCAUAUUGGAUAUUAGAUUAACUUGAAUUUCUUUAAGACUUGUAAUUGCUAAGUGAAUUACUAGCAAAAGAAGCUGCAUUAUUGCUAUUAUUGUAGCUCAUAUUAUUACUCAAGUAAUUACCACCUAAUUAAUUACUUUUAGUUGAAGAUGUUCCAAUUUAAGGCGAUGUAAUAGGAUCUAAAGCAACUUUAGACCUAGAAUUAUACGAUAUUUAUGACAUGUUAUUUUAUUAAUUGGAUAUAGAACUAUUAUAAAUUGCAUUAGAAUUGUUACUUAGCAAAUUACUACUUGUAAGUCCACUGCCAUUAUUUUUGCUUGAACUAUUUGUAAACAAAAUGGCAUCUUAUUUAGCUAAUUUUGAUUUUAAUUGAGCCAUUUCUUAAGAAUAUUAAGUAGUUAUCAACUUUAUUUUUUCUUCUAAUUAUUCAUUUUACUUUUUUAACUCUAAAACAUGGUCAGAAGACUGAGAAUAUCUUUCAGCUAACAUAACACUUUCUGGUCUAAUUUAAUCAUCAUUUCCAACCCCAUUUUUUUAUUGCAUGUUUCUCUGACUCUAAAAUAAGAUUUAUUCAUAUUUUUAUUUGUAUUACUCAUUUUCUUUUUCUAGUUCUUCAAGUCUUUUUCUUUAAUACUCUAAAACAUAUCUUAGCUAUUCUUCAUUUUAAAUUCCUUUGCUUUUAUCUAUAGCUGUCUUUGGGCGUGCCAAUGCAAUAUUCUUGA